GGAAUAUUGUGAAAAUGACGCUUAGAAUUCUCUGCAAUUCACUUUCAGGGAUCUUGUUUUUACUCGACCACGUCGCAUCUGGUGUUGGAUCAGAUAAACUGUCGGUGUCAGUGAUGGAGGGAGAUUCAGUAAUUUUUCACACUGGUGUUAAAACAAACCAACAAGAGGAUAUUAAAUGGUAUUUCAGGGACACUCGCAUCGCUCAGAUCAGUGGAGAUCUCAGUUUUAUCUGUACAGAUGUUCAGUGUAAUGAAGGGACUGAGAGAUUCAGAGACAGACUGAAGCUGAAUCAUCAGACUGGAUCUCUGACCAUCAUGAACAUCACAAACACUGACUCUGGAUAUUAUAAACUGAAGAUCAUCAGUAGUACCAGCAGCAGUGAAAAAGCCUUCAAUGUUAUCGUCAAAAUUGCAUCUGGUGUUGGAUCAGAUAAACUGUCGGUGUCAGUGAUGGAGGGAGAUUCAGUCGCUCUACACACUGGUGUUGCUACAAACCAACAAGAAGAUAUUAAAUGGUAUUUCAGUGACACUCGCAUCGCUCAAAUCAGUGGAGAUCUCCGUUUUAUCUGUUCAGAUGUUGAGUGUAAUGAAGGGACUGAGAGAUUCAGAGACAGACUGAAGCUGGAUCAUCAGACUGGAUCUCUGACCAUCAUGAACAUCACAAACACUGACUCUGGAGAAUAUAAACUGAAGAUCAUCAGUAGUACCAGCAGCAGUGAAAAAAACUUCAAUGUUAUCGUCAAAAGUGUUCCUGCUGCUGAACGAGAUGAAGUGAAGACAAACGAGGGAGAAUCUGUCACUUUAGAUUCUGGUGAAAGAAGAAAACCAAAUGAUGUGUUGACAUGGUUUUUUAAUGACACUCUCAUCGCUCGAAUUACUGGUGAUCACAAUAAAACCUGUACAGAUGUUCAGUGUAAAGAUAAUGACCAGAGAUUCAGAGACAGACUGAAGCUGGAUCAUCAGAAUGGAUCUCUGACCAUCAUGAACAUCACAAACACAGACUCUGGAGAAUAUACACUAGAGAUCAUCAGCAGCAGCAGUUUUAGUAUCACCAGAGUGAAAAGAUUAAAUGUUAAUGUCAUUGAUUCAGGGUUGUCUUCAGCUGCUGUAGCAGGAAUAGUUGUUUCUGUUCUGCUUGCAGUCGCAGCUCUGAUUGCUGGUUUGAUUUACAUUUACUGUCGCUCCAAGAGAUACAGCAGAGCACCACAGCAUGUGAAUGGUGUUAAUAAAGACAUUGCUUUGAGUGACAAAGGACAUCUUUAAAUCAAUCUCAAGGUGAAACUGGCUUAAUAAUAAUAAUAAUAAUAAUAAUAAUAAUAAUAAUAAUAAUAAUAAUGGAGAGUCCAGGAUUUCAAUUUCAAUUUAAAAAUAGAUAUUUGUAAAUGAAUUAAGAACAUUUAGACUAACAUGAUAUAUGAGCAAUAAUGUAAAUAACUAAACAACACGUGGGAAUAGAUGUAUUUUUCAAUAAAUGCUUUUUUCAAAGCUGCUAAAGUGUUCUAGACAGGAAUGUUGAGCGAUUAUUUCUUUCUUAUCUUUUGCAAAAAGACAUAAGACAUUUCUCUUUUGCAAGAAGACAUAAGACAUUUCUCUUGCCUGUUCACAUCCUCCUACAACUGUGACACAAUGAGUGCAUUUUCCACAAUUGCCUCACAGAGAAGAGCAUUAUACAGAAAUGUCACUCCUCACACUCUUAGUGGAGGACAAAAAGUGCUCUUCAUAGUCUGCACUACUGAUACUGUAAAUGUUUCUACUGUUUUUGACUGAGAUUAUUAUGUUACAAAUGUAUAUUUGGAUUAGUCACUAACAUUAACCCAGACUGGAACAAACUCUGAAUAGCAUUGCUUUUUAUAGCCUACAGUAUGUCCACCCUGUAAGCCUGGAAAGUCACUGAUUUAUUUUGAGGUUAAUGAAAGACCUACUGUAGCUGAGAGUAUUUAGGAUCAGUGCCUGUAACUGGAUGCGGUGUCGGAACAUGUUUCUCUGGUGAUUGGUAAUGUGCUGUUGUUGUUUUGUUUUUUUAAUCAUGAAUAAAUAAGAACUGGAAACAAAUGUUUGGUUUCUCAAUGCUGAAAGAGGUACACUGUUAUUAAUGCAACAUCAACAGAAUAUUUUUAGACAUUUUCUUUUUCCGUCCUCCUGAGUCAUCAGCAGCCGUUUAAACACUUCUGUCUUUCACACAAAAGUUGGAAUGGAAGGCUUACUAAUGGGAAUAAGAAAGGUGGAUUAUCUUUUUCUCCCUUUUAUGGCAUCAUGUC